CGCGCCCGGGCUCCGGCUGCACUUGGAACUCCGGCCCGGACGCCGCUCCCGGAGCGCGCCGGCCGCGGGGGCGGCUUCCUCGCGCCUCCCCCUGUGCUGAUGGCGGGCGGCGCGACGGCCGGCGCCGGCCUCGCUGCCCCGGGCGGCCUCCGCGAGCAGAGGGGCCUGGAGAUCGAGAUGGAGCGCAUCCGGCAGGCGGCCGCGCGGGACCCCCCGGCCGGAGCCUCGGCCUCCCCCUCUCCUCCGCUCUCGUCGUGCUCGCGGCAGGCGUGGAGCCGCGACAACCCGGGCUUCGAGGCCGAGGAGGAAGAGGAGGAAGAGGAGGUGGAGGGAGAAGAAGGGGGAAUGGUGGUGGAGAUGGACGUCGAGUGGCGCCCCGGCAGCAGGAGGUCGGCCUCCUCGGCCGUGAGCUCCGCGGGCGCCCGAGGCCGGGGGCUGGGGGGCUACCACGGUGCGGGCCACCCGGGCGGGAGGCGGCGUCAGCGAGAGGACCAGGGCCCGCCGAGUCCCAGCCCCGCCGGCGGCGGGGACCCGCUGCAUCGCCACCACCCCCUGGACGGGCAGCAUCCCCGAGUGGCCUGGGCCGAGAGACUCGUUCGCGGGCUGCGAGGUCUCUGGGGAACAAGACUCAUGGAGGAAAGCAGCACUGACCGAGAGAAAUACCUUAAAAGUGUUUUACGGGAACUGGCCACAUACCUCCUUUUUCUCAUAGUCUUGUGCAUCUUGACCUAUGGGAUGAUGAGCUCCAGUGUGUACUACUAUACCCGGAUCAUGUCACAACUCUUCCUGGACACCCCAGUGUCCAAAACGGAGAAAACUAACUUUAAAACUCUUUCUUCAAUGGAAGACUUCUGGAAGUUCGCAGAAGGCGCCUUGUUGGAUGGGCUGUACUGGAAGAUGCAGCCCAGCAACAAAACGGAAGCCGACAACCGAAGCUUCAUCUACUAUGAGAACCUCCUGUUAGGGGUACCACGUAUACGGCAACUCAGAGUCAGAAAUGGAUCCUGUUCCAUCCCCCUGGACUUGAGAGAUGAGAUUAAAGAGUGCUAUGAUGUCUACUCCGUCAGCAGUGAAGACCGGGCUCCAUUUGGUCCUAGAAAUGGAACUGCUUGGAUCUACACAAGUGAAAAAGACUUGAAUGGGAGCAGCCACUGGGGAAUGAUUGCAACUUAUAGUGGAGCUGGUUAUUACCUGGAUUUGUCAAGAACAAGAGAGGAAACAGCCGCUCAAGUUGCUAACCUCAAGAAAAAUGUCUGGCUGGACCGAGGAACCAGAGCGAUUUUUAUUGACUUUUCAGUGUACAACGCCAAUAUUAACCUGUUCUGCGUGAUCAGGUUACUGAUCGAAUUCCCAGCAACAGGAGGUGUGAUUCCAUCUUGGCAAUUUCAGCCUGUAAAGCUGAUCCGCUAUGUUACAACUUUUGAUUUCUUCCUGGCAGCCUGUGAGAUUAUCUUUUGUUUCUUUAUCCUUUACUAUGUGGUGGAAGAGAUAUUGGAAAUUCGCAUUCACAAGCUACACUAUUUCAGGAGUUUCUGGAAUUGUCUGGAUGUUGUGAUCAUCGUGCUAUCAGUGGUCGCUAUAGGAAUUAACAUAUACAGAACAUCAAAUGUGGAAGUUCUGCUGCAGUUUCUAGAAGAUCAAAAUACUUUCCCCAACUUUGAGAAUCUGGCAUACUGGCAAAUACAGUUCAACAACCUAGCUGCUGUCAUAGUGUUUUUUGUCUGGAUUAAGCUCUUCAAAUUUAUCAACUUUAACAGGACCAUGAGUCAGCUCUCUACAACCAUGUCUCGGUGUGCCAAAGACCUCUUUGGCUUUGCAAUUAUGUUCUUCAUUAUUUUCUUAGCAUAUGCUCAGUUGGCAUACCUUGUCUUUGGCACUCAAGUUGAUGACUUCAGUACUUUCCAAGAGUGUAUCUUCACUCAAUUCCGUAUCAUUUUGGGUGAUAUCAACUUCGCAGAGAUUGAGGAAGCUAAUCGAGUUUUGGGACCAAUUUAUUUCACUACAUUUGUGUUCUUUAUGUUCUUCAUUCUUUUGAAUAUGUUUUUGGCCAUCAUCAAUGACACUUACUCUGAAGUUAAAUCUGAUUUGGCCCAGCAGAAAGCUGAGAUGGAACUCUCGGAUCUUAUCAGAAAGGGUUACCAUAAAGCCUUGAUCAAACUAAAACUGAAGAAAAAUACUGUGGAUGACAUAUCAGAGAGUCUGCGGCAAGGGGGAGGCAAGUUAAACUUUGAUGAACUUCGGCAAGAUCUCAAAGGGAAGGGCCAUACUGAUGCAGAGAUUGAGGCAAUAUUCACAAAAUAUGACCAGGAUGGAGACCAGGAACUGACUGAACAUGAACACCAGCAGAUGCGAGACGACUUGGAAAAAGAGAGGGAGGACCUUGACCUGGAUCACAGCUCUUUACCACGUCCCAUGAGCAGCCGAAGUUUCCCUCGAAGCCUGGAUGACUCUGAGGAGGAGGAUGACGACGACAGUGGGCAUAGCUCCAGAAGGAGGGGCAGCGUCUCCAGUGGGGUUUCUUAUGAAGAGUUUCAAGUCCUAGUGAGACGAGUGGACCGGAUGGAGCACUCCAUCGGCAGCAUCGUGUCCAAGAUUGAUGCUGUGAUAGUGAAGCUUGAGAUCAUGGAGCGAGCCAAACUGAAGAGAAGGGAGGUGCUGGGAAGGCUGCUGGAUGGAGUGGCUGAGGAUGAAAGGCUGGGUCGUGACAAUGAAAUCCACAGGGAACAGAUGGAACGGCUUGUGCGAGAAGAGUUGGAACGCUGGGAAUCUGACGAUGCAGCUUCCCAAAUAAGUCAUGGUUUAGGCACACCCUUAGGACUAAAUGGUCAGUCACGCCCCAGGAGCUCUCGCCCUUCUUCCUCCCAGUCUACAGAAGGAAUGGAAGGUGGAGGUGGAAACGGGAGUGCCAAUAUUCAUGUGUAGGACAUGUGUUCUUAAUAGGUGAGAAGGUGCCUGUCUUGAGUUGCCAUAACAAGUACACUAUUUAUAUGCCCUGACCACCAUAUGAUGCUGGUCUUUGUGACCAAUUAUUAAUUCUUCUGCACUUUAAUUUAUUUUAGAUAAACUUUGCCCAUGAUCAAAGAAGAUGUUUCUUUUUCUCAUAUAAGAAAUCCAGGUGUAAAUAUUGAGUAUGGAAAACAAUUCUUUGUAAAGUAUAUUGAGUGGUGUGCCCACUUGUUACCAUGACUGAGUCUCCUCAGUUGACAAUGAAGUAGCCUUUUAAAGCUAGAAGAGAACUGUCAAAAGGCUUCUGAGUUUUACUUCCAAUCACGAAAAUCAGUAUUGUCAUUUUUGCUAAGUGUGUGAAGGGAAAAUAGGGGCAUUCCUUUCCACUCAGGCUUAGCUCAUAGGCUUAAUGCACAGCUUUCUUUUAAGAAAGGAGGCUUCUAUUUUAACUACCUUCCUGGGGUACACUUUUCUAAAAGACUAAUUGGGAAAGAACCCCAAACCAUAGAAUGGGUAUGUAGUCAUUAUGCUAGAAUUUGUAUGAAUGGUUAUGAUAAAUGUUGAACACUAUUUUUUCUGUUAUUUUAUCAUAUCUAAUGCCUGUGGGACUAACCAUUUCACUUAAUUUUUACACUAUUUUCACUCUCAUUUAAAAUGAGCUGCAUGAAACCAUCAAAGAUCAAUUGUGAGUUAUAUGUCAUAUCUGACAAUAACAGAAGAAUUCGAAGGCACCAAAUCACUAAAUUUGAUGUUUUCCUAAUAAUUAGUGUAGUAUAAAGAUUUAUCUGUAUAGUCUUUUGCUCAUGUGGCUGAACUUAUUUGCAACUAAUCUAGGAAGAUCAACCUACUAAAAUUUUUAGGAUGUAUCAAAAGUUUUGAGUCAGCAAAUAUGCUCAUUUUAAACAAAAUAUUAAGAAAAUUUGAAAUUCAUAUAAAAUAUUAUAAAUCUAAGACUUGAGUUUUAGACUGUUUUAAGAAUACAGAACUCAAAUACUCUUAGUGGGAUUCAUUUUAAUGAAAAGGAGUUUUGGUUAUUGAAAGUUCAACCAUCAUCAGAAGGUAUCAGCCAAAGUUUGAGUUUGCAGGGUUUUUUUUCCUCUCUUUUUUUCAUUAGGAGAGAGGCUCACCAAAUUUAUGGGGAAUAAAUCUAUUUCUUAACAAAAACUAAAAAUCUUAUUUUUCAAAAUUGUUAUGUAUGGUGACCUUUUGAGAGCUAAUGAGACAAGCAAAGAGAGAAUGCACUGGUGAAUAAUUCUCACUUGGAGAAUAGCAAAGAGACCUGUUUCUCAUACUAUAGCUUAAAUUCACAUAGUUGCUUAUUUAACUGGUAGACUUUGUCAGUCAAGUUUUCAAAGAAAACAUGAGCGAAAAAACCUUUUUAGCUGUCUUUUACAGAAGUGAUACAGGUAGCGUUUCUUUAACAGUUAUUUCUUAUGGCUCAUCUCCAUCUUUGCUUUCUUUUGAAUAUUUUUUUGAAUAAAGUUCUUUAUUAUUAGGUACUAAAAUUUGCAUUCCAGGGAUAUUGAGUGUACGUAUUUAUGUACGUGUACCAUGUUGUUACAUGUAAACAAGCUUCAAUUUGAAGUGCAGCUAUUAUGUGGUAUCCAUGUGUAUUGACCAUGUGCCAUAUACCAAUUAUGGUCACUAGAAAGUCUUUUUAUGAUACUUAUUAUUAUUCUGUUUUUUCACCUGUAAAAAUUUGCAAAGUUCUUUCUUUUUACCCAUAAGUUACACAUUUUUCUUCUUUAGUCCUGAAGAAUUUCCACCUCGUCCCUCCCCUAUCAUCUUCCUCUCUAUAUUGGUACUAUUAAGAAACUGUUACAUAUGUAAGUCUCAAUAAUUGGGAAUUUCAUUAAUGUGUAAUACUGAGCACUUUACUUCUUAAUAAAGACUUGAUAUAAUAGCAGA